UACACUAGGUAACUACAUCAUAUGAACUUCAAUCAGGACAUAUCAAUUUCAUUCAUAAGAAGAUGAUUAAUAUGAGAAUGGGCACUUGAUCCACGUCUGAGAAUAUCUGCAAAGAGUAUCCAUACUGUCAUUUUUGAAAUCAUCCGGUUGUCGCGUAUCUAUCAAGCAUUAGGUUGGCGUAGAGCACGCCACAUAUACAUAUAGCUUGAAGCUGCUGAGCUACAGAGCUGCCCAUCUACCAACUUUACGGGGUCGUAGGUGAAAAGCUCAACACAGGCACAAUGGGUUCAAGACUUGCUUGGUAUGCUGGUAUAUCCACUGCUUUGGCAGCUGCAGUGGUUCUUUCUGCGUUUAAUCAGCGCGCAAACUUCUACUCAGCAUGUGUCUACCUGGCGCAGAGCAAUUUGUGUCUUAUGAUCCUAAUCAAUCUGAUUCUAUUCGUCUUUUCUAGUUUCAUGUAUGGACUUCAACGACUUUGCUACGGCCCUCUCCGUCCGAUCGAAAUCGAGCAGUUAUAUGAGAAAGCUUGGUUCGCCAUCACAGAAACAUGUCUCGCCAUGACCAUAUUCAGAGAAGAGGUUGGAGCUUGGUUUCUCGUCAUGUUUGUCGCUCUUCUUACCGGCAAAGUUUGGGGCUGGAUAGGAGAUGGUCGAGUUGAGAUUCUAGAACAACAACCACCUGCUAAUCCAAAACUCUUUCAUAUUCGGUUGUCGAUAUCCUUGGCGGUCUCGGUCAUUUACGAUGCGUGGUUGAUGAGUUAUACAAUCAACACGGUGAUUCAACAGGCAAGGCCGAAUAUGAUGGUUAUGUUCUUGUUUGAAUUUGCGGUAUUGACUGUCUCAAGUUCUUCCACCGCUUGUAGAUAUCUCAUUUCUGUAAUGGAGAUGAGAGUAGUCAAAAAGCAGACAGAGGAGAGAUUAAUUGAGAGGAAGAGAGAGGUUAGAGAAGAGAGGGCAGAAAUGAUCAGACAAAGGGAAAUUGCGCGCGCGGAAGCUGGCGAAAAUUAUGAAGAGCCUACAACUCCUUUACCUUCGGAGGACGAUGUUGAAGAAAUGGAUAUCGAGGUUCCCGGAUGGGAAGCAAAGGGUCAAUGGGUUUUGACCCUUGAUUUGAUAACAGACUUCCUAAAGUUAUCCAUUUACUCUUCAUUCUUCUUCAUCCUUUUCACAUUCUACGGCCUUCCUAUCCACAUUAUGCGAGAUCUGUUUGUUACGGCAAGAUCAUUCGUCAAACGACUCACUGCAUUCUUGAGAUACCGUAGAGCAACCCAUGAUAUGAACUCAAGAUAUGAAGAUGCGACUGUUGAGGAUAUUCAAAGGGAAGACACAUGUAUUAUAUGUCGAGAAGAGAUGCGACCUUGGUCUGUAACAAACCCACCAGUACCUGCUGGAGCACAACCCAGGCCAGGUACUGUCAACGAACGUACAAGGCCGAAGAAGUUACCUUGUGGUCAUAUUCUCCAUCUAGGAUGCUUGAAGAGCUGGCUUGAACGACAACAAGUAUGCCCAACAUGUCGAAAUCCUGUGGUAGAAACACCUCAAGAUGCACAACCCAAUGCCAAUCGAAAUGCAAGAGCUAAUCAACCCGCUCCCGGCCAACAAGAUGGACCCGCUGGUGCUGGUGCUGGACCUGUAGCAGCUCCCGCUCGUGGCCGCGGUAUGCGUAUGCUUAAUCUUGGACCAAUCAGAGUCGGCUUUGGUCAGGCUAACCUGAAUGAUUUCGCUGCCCUUCAAAACCCCCCAGGAGGUCAAGCGAAUGCCGCAGGUGCAGGACCUAGAGUUUAUGGCUUAGAACUAGGUAUCCCUCGUCGAGCUCAACCUCAAGCCGCACCAGCACUUUUGGAUCCUGGGCAAAAUGGCGCGUUUCCACUUGACCAAUUACCACAACAUUUAGAAGAACUCGAACAGCAAGUCGCGCAGGAAAUUCGAAACUUGCAAUUGAGUCAGCAGCAGCUAUUAAUUGUCCAGUUGCUACAAAACGAGUUGACAAGAUUGAGAAAUUUACAAAAUAACGCCGCGGAUCCUUUGGCAGCAAACUUUCCCUUGCCGCAGAUGCCUACCUUUCAGAACCCGCCACAAAUCAUCCCCUCAUUCAGUAGACCAUCAAGUCAACCACAAGUGCACAGACACAGCGCACGGUCCAAUACCUCUGCAAUACCAUCUGGUAGUGCUGACCUUCCACCUGGAGUUGUCAUACCGGAGGGUUGGUCACUUCUCCCAUUAGAAAGACUACAUAAUGCGCCAUUACCGGGUCAAGCAGCGACAUCAGGGCCUGCAGCAGCAUCGACAUCUAAUGACCCUAUUAUAGCCUCUGCAUCUACGCAAAAUGUAGUCAGCCCUACAAUUGAGAGAAGUGAAGUUUCUAAUAAUAGCGCCACACCAAUCAACACUGAACAAGUUAAUUCGCAAGCCGGCUCGAUUGGCUCUUCUGAAACAAACGCCAUUGAAACUCCGCCCUCUAUCUCGGCUGACCAAUCGGCAUCAACAAUUUCCACUUCCACAGAGCCAGCUUCUACAAAUACAAAUCCAUUUGUUGACCCUCCUAGUUUACCUAACUGGGGAAAUUCACAACUAUUUGCAGGAUCAAGCUUGGCUGGGAAUCACAAUCUUGAUGGCGCUUAUUCAGUGCCAACUUCGCCUCCACAUGAUCGUAGUGAGAAUAUAAAUCCUCAUGUUUCUCUUGAUACGAUGACAGGUACUGGUGAAUCAACUAGUAGUUCAGCUGAGCAUAGUGAGCCAAGAGGAGAUGAAGAUGGUGAAAUGAGGAGAAGAGAGAAAGGGAAAGCCAAGGCGGUGACGGUGGAGGAUACAGUGGAUGAAGAAGAGUGAGGGGACAUUAUGUGAGAUGAAAAGUACAUUGAAUAAUUUUAGGAUUUCGUUCGACAUUCACGUGCACAUUGCUUAUCGUGCAUGGUGCAUAAAGCCAGCGAUCAAAUGGAAUCCAGUUAGAGAUACAUUAAGGGCGUUUGGGGAAGGAAUUUUCCUGGGAUUGAGGAAUGGAUUGGCGCAUUUUCUACGUAACAUGCUAUGGAUAGGCUUAAGGCUUAAGCAUAAAUUACUAGCCUAAGCAUAAAUCUGACGUUAUACUUUACAUACAUGACAUGGCAUAAGGUUAUCUUUGAGUCUGACAGCUCGGGCUCGGCUAUGCUAUGCUGUAGCAGAGGGAUGAGGAGGGUGGAGGGUAGAGGGUAGAGAGACAGACUAUAGCGAUAUCAAGAACCUUGCCAGUUUUGUAUGAUCCAGCGUAUUUAUAGCGGCUAUAAAGAAUUACAAAGUUAU